CGCAGGAAACUGCAACGAUUGCUGGUUUCAGCCGCUAGGGGCGACGAUUUUCAGGAAAUUUUCAGUUUUUCUAAACUUAGAAACGCUUCCGGGUGCAAAGGUGCGAACCACACACGGAACGUCAUACUAGACAAAAAACACAAGAUAAGAUAACCCCCAGUGGUUCAAUUGGGGGGAUUAAAAUUUCACGGAACUAAUAUCACAGUUUAAAGCUGGGUCGAGUGACAUAACACUUUUCCAGUCUUUGUUUCGCUGGUAGGAAGUAGUGAAACAGCAAUGUCACAUUGUUAUCAUUCAAGUCGUCCACGCAUUUACUGCGUCGCGAAUUAAGCUUUUGUCUCAAUGUAACCAUUUCGUAAUCUAAUUGACAAAAUGAUAAAACGAAUUCUUUUUUCUAUUAUUCGUCCACAAUGACUCGCGAACACCAAAUCAAACUCGAAGAAGGCGAUGAAAAAAACGACAGUGCCUUGAUUUUAACCAACGAAAAGCCGGUUUAUUCAAUCCCAUGGCGCUCUUCCCUCCGACAGAUCGUAGCGUGCUGUGUCGCACACAGCCUUGUGAUCCAAGCAGGCAUUAAUAUGUCGUUCAGCGCCAUCUUACUACCGCAGCUGAACGAAAAGUCGAGUGAUAUACAUAUUUCCAAAUCAGAGGCGUCUUGGAUCGCAAGUAUAGUCGCAAUAGCCCUUCCAGCGGGUUCGUUGAUCAUCGGCCCGCUUAUGGACCGCUUCGGGCGCAAAACUUUGUGUAUUUGUACGACUAUACCCUUCGCCAUCUCGUGGAUAAUCCAUGCGGCGGCGAAAAGCGUCUGGCAUUUGUAUUUAGCUCGGAUUAUAGCCGGCUUUAGCGGCGGCUUAACAACCGUAGCUUUGGUAUAUGUGAGCGAAAUCACUCACCCAAACUACAGAACAAUGUUAUUGAGCCUUAACAGCGUUUUUGUCUCGUUUGGAAUUCUUUUUACUUGCGUUUUAGGUUUAUGGUUUCCAUGGCGCGUCAUAGCCACCAUCAAUUGUUUCCUGGUCUUGGCCACCUUGAUCCUCUUGUGGUUUUUACCCGAGAGCCCUCACUGGUACACAGUUUUCAAAAACAAGCCAGACCAGGCUGCCAAAUCACUUGAGUGGCUCUACAAGGACCCACAAAUUUUCGAAAAUCAGUUGAGACUAUUGGAUACAAGUGCCAAAAAUCGCCGAAAGUCACGAAUCGAUUGGAGUUUUUACAAAGAAUCGGUUGUCUAUAAGCCGUUUUUCAUUCUUUUUGUUAUUUUCGUGAUCCAGCAAUUGUCGUGCGGUUAUGUUAUUAUUUUUUACGCCGUUGAUUUGUUUCGGGAAAUUGGGGGCCAUUUUCGUAACGGUUUGGAUGAAUUCGUUGCGUUGGUUCUUCUAGGUUCGAUUAGGUUUGUUAUGUCGAUAAUUUCGGCGCUAAUUUCGAAACGUGUGGGCCGAAGGCCCCUAUUUUUUGUUUCGGGGUUAGGCCAAUGUCUUACUAGUCUAGUGGCCGGGGUUUAUAUGUAUUUCACGGUGAUUCCCCCGGACGAGUUGGCCAAACUGAGUAUUCACAAGGAUAAGGGCGACAAUAUCGCCCUCUAUUGUGUGUUGGGUUAUGUUUGCUUCAGUUCUUUGGGUUAUUUGGUGAUUCCGUGGACGCUAAUCGGGGAAUUGUUCCCCGUUAAGGUCCGCGGCGUCUUAGGAGGCCUUAUGGUUUCGAUAGCUUACAUUUUUAUGUUUGUUGCGGUUAAAAUCUUCCCGUUUGUGCUCGAUUUGAUUAAAAUUCAAUGCGUCUUUUAUGUCAUGGCUGUGGUGAAUUUAUGCGGUGUUAUUUUCAUAUUCUUCUUCCUACCCGAAACGUUAGGAAAAACGUUUAACGAUAUUGAAGCUUAUUUUAAACGAGUUGGUUAAGUUUAAUAAAUGAUUUAUUUUUGGA